GCCGUUCCAGAAAGCUCUUGGAGAGAAAAUCUCCAUGGGCGUGACUCAGUCAGUAACCGUGGCUCCCCAGGACAUUUGGCAAGACUACGAAGGUACCCCACCAAGUCGAAAUAACAGCGAAUGAUAGAGAAGAAGUCUGGAACAUGUGGGCGACCUCAGCGCACUUGUGGGGGCUUCCAUAGCUAUAAAAUGACACCAACUCCACGGCGAGAUCGUCGUGCUAGCUUUCAUUGGAAGCAAGAAGCCGAACUGCCUGUAAGCGAUGGGGAAGGAGAUCAUAAUGUUCCCCCUGGCUGCAAUGGGCCACCUAAACCCCAUGGUGGAGCUGGGUAAGCUCUUGAUCCGCCACGCCAGCAUCUCCAUCACCAUUCUCAUCUCUCAGUCCCCCUCCAUUGACAACAAACCCAUUGACUCUUACAUCUCCCGCGUCUCCUCCGCCCACCCUCACAUUUUCUUCCAUCGGCUGCCACCAGUCCCCCAAUCCUCCAACUCCAAAACCGCCACCUUCCUCGACCACUUCCACCUCACCAUCCCCUACCUCAAAACCUACCUCUCUGCCUCAUCAGCCCACGCAAUCAUCCUCGACUUCUUCUUCGACGCUGCUCUUGAAGUCGCCAACGAAUUCCAUCUCCCUUGCUACUACUUUUUCGCCUCCAACGCCUCCAACCUCGCAGCCUUCCUCUACCUCCCUACUCUCCACAACCAAUUGAACGCCAGUUUUAAGGACCUUGGUGACAACCCGAUACACUUUCCUGGUUUUCCAAGCCCCAUCCCAGCGUCAGACAUGCCGAUCCGGAUCUCGGACCGAACCUCCGAGACCUACAAAGCAGCGAUCGUUCAAUUCGAGCGACUUGCAAAAUCCUCGGGAAUUAUCGUCAACAGCUUCCAAUCUUUGGAGCCGAAGGCCCUUCGGGCUCUGGCUAAUGGCGACUGCUUUCCCGGCCGCCCCAUGGCCCCUGUCUACUUCGUCGGUCCCAUAACAGCUAACGAUGUGGAAGAUAAAGACAGCAGCAACGAAUUUCGACACGAAAGCCUUGCGUGGCUGGAUGGCCAACCGGGCGGGAGUGUGGUUUUUCUCUGUUUUGGGAGCAUGGGAUCAGGGAUCUCAGAGGAGCAGAACAGGGAGAUCGCCGUCGGAUUGGAACGCAGCGGGCAGAGGUUCCUAUGGGUUGUGCGGCGCUCACAGCCGGCGGCUGCGGCCAGUGGGAUUACGGUGUUAACAAAAAAGGAACAGGAUCUGGAGGCGGUUCUUCCUGAGGGUUUUCUAGAGCGGACAAAAGGGAGGGGAUUGGUCGUGCAAUCGUGGGCGCCGCAGGUGGCCGUGUUGAGACACCCGGCGGUUGGAGGAUUCGUGACUCACUGCGGGUGGAACUCAGCACUGGAGUCGAUUGUGGCCGGAGUGGCGAUGAUCGCGUGGCCCUUUUACGCGGAGCAGAGGAUGAACAAGGUGUUCUUGGUUGAGGAGGCAAAACUUGCUGUGGAAAUGAGGGGUUAUAAGAACGGGAUAGUGGUGUCAGAUGAAAUAGAGGAGCGAGUCCGUUGGCUGAUGAAGUCUGAGGGAGGUAAGGAGCUGAGAGCUCGGGCC